UUGGCGCCAAAAGGUCAAGGGUUAGAGUGCAAGGGCAGACGACGUUGUUGGGAACAUGCGUGUACAUCUACUAAGAUAAGCAAAUUAUCCGUUGUUUUUGUCUCAGAUUUGACACUUUUAUGGACACAAACGAGCUAGCUCAGUAAGAGAUAUGAUAGGCGUUGCUAGAAUCGACUGUAUCCGCAAGUUGAUGCGGCUUGCUCAGCCCUGCAUCAGAGGAGGGAGAAGACAUGUUUACCACUACAGAUGGUACUCAGGAAAGUCAAGAACAGAGAUUGUGGAGGCUGAGAUGGCCAGAAUACGGAAUAUAGGGAUCAUGGCACAUAUAGAUGCUGGGAAAACGACUACCACAGAGAGAAUGCUGUAUUAUACAGGCUUCACCAGAGCUUUGGGAGAUGUUGAUGAUGGUGACACAGUGAUGGACUACAUGAGUCAGGAGAGACAGCGAGGUAUCACGAUCCAGUCAGCUGCCAUCUCCUUCAACUGGCAGAACCACAGGAUUAACCUGAUCGACACACCUGGCCAUGUUGACUUUACGGUGGAGGUAGAACGCUCUCUCAGGGUUUUAGAUGGAGCAGUAGCUGUCUUUGAUGCUUCAGCUGGUGUGGAGGCCCAGACACUGACAGUGUGGAAACAGGCAAACAGAUAUUCUAUCCCAAGGAUUGCUUUUCUCAACAAAAUGGACAAGACUGGAGCAAGCUUAGAGUAUUCCAUCAAUUCGAUCAGAGAGAAGUUGAAGACAGUUCCUCUAGUGCUACAUUUGCCCAUUGGUAUAGAGAAGACUUUCAGUGGCAUGGUGGACUUGGUGUCCAUGGAGAAGCUGACAUGGACCCUGGGCCCAGGGAAUGAUGGGUCGACAUACCAGACAACACCACUCCAGGAUGUGGAGGAUACAGAACUACAGGAGAGGGCUUUAGAGGAGAGGGCUCUCCUGAUAGAGCAGUUAGCUGAGCUGGAUGACAAGAUGGCAGAGUUGUUACUCAGUGGAGACGGCACAUGUGAUCUGGAGUCUAUCCCAGCUGAGGAGGUCCAUAUGGCUCUGCAGAGAGUGACCCGAGCCCAGACAGGUGUGCCCGUGUUGUGUGGCAGUUCCCUGAAGAACAAAGGUGUCCAACCCCUGCUGGACGCCAUCAUCAGAUACCUGCCUGACCCACGGGACAAGGGCAAGGAACUGGAGCAGCUGUAUGAGGAUAGUUUAUGUGCAUAUGCCUUCAAAAUCAUCCAUCAUAAGCAGCGGGGACCUCUGACCUUCCUACGCAUCUACUCAGGAACCCUCACGCCACAGUCCACUGUCUAUAAUGUCAGCAGGGACUGCACAGAAUGUGUGAACAGACUACUGCUGGUUUUUGCUGAUGAGUACAGAGAGAUGUCGGCCAUGUCUGCCGGAAAUAUCGCCAUGGCUGUGGGGCUCAAACAGACAUACACUGGAGACACCCUUGUGUCCUCCCCAUCUGCAGUGGUAUCUGCCAAAAAAGUAAGAGGGCAGCUGCAGGAGAAGGGGCAUUCCAUUUCUGAUAUGGGGGACGAGGAUGCCCCAGUGCUCGCAGGACUGGAUGUUCCUGAACCUGUCUUCUUCUGCACAAUAGAGGCACCGUCAAUAUCAAAACAACAGGAGCUGGAUGCUGCCUUGGUCAAUCUUCAGAAAGAGGACCCAAGUCUUCAUGUCAAAAUUGAUCCUGAAACAGGACAGACUGUGUUAUCCGGGAUGGGAGAGCUGCACCUGGAGAUCAUACAGGACAGGAUCCUGAAGGAGUACGGCCUGGAGACACACCUGGGGCCCCUACAGGUGGCCUACAGGGAGACGGCAGGUGAAACAGCUCAAGAAACAGUGACUGUAGAUCGUGUUCUGGGUGCCCAGAAGCACCAUGCCGUGGUGACUGUCUCCAUACAGCCACUGGAGUUAGACGGUCAGACCAGGGACGUCUCCGUGUACUUCGGACUAGACAGGAGGACAGUGAACAAAGACGUUCUGACAGCAGUGAAAAGUGGCGUUGUGUCAGCUUGUACACAAGGUCCCUUGUUAGGCUAUCCUGUUGUGGGGGCAGAAGUGACUGUAGAUGCCAUUGAGGUUGGUGCGGGGACAUCAAUGGCAAUGGUGUCAGCAUGUGCAGCACAGGCAACACAGAAGGUUUUAAAGAAGAGUGGUGGGAGGAUAUUAGAACCAAUGAUGCUGCUGGAGAUCACCACAGAUGAGGGCCACAUGCGCUCAGUCCUGGCUGACCUGUCCCAGAGGCGUGGUCGCGUCACGGAGGUACAGAGUCGGGCGGAGUCCAGGGUGGUCGUGGCAGAGGCACCGCUAGCGGAACUCAUGGGUUACUCCACGGCGAUACGAACUGUGACCUCUGGGCAGGCGACCUUCACCAUGGAGCUGUCCAGGUACGAGGAGAUGACAGCACUGGACCAGAACAGACUCCUCAGGAAGAUGACAACAUUCGAUGUGGAAGGCUUUUGAUGAAACUCAUCAUUCUGCUAUGAUUUGAUGGCCUUGAUGAAGAUGGCAGACGGUCAUCAAAACAUCAGCUCUUGUUAAACAACUGGUUGUGACUUGUGAAUAAAGAACUUUGCUAUUCAAUCAUUCACCAACCUGGUGAAAUUAUUCAUGAUGGAUAUUCAGCCAUGUCAAUUGUAAGUUAUACUUUACCGGCUAUUUAUAUUAUAAGCAAAACAGAUGAUUCUUCAUGACUUUUACCAAAGUAACAAAGUGUAGGCUUCAAGUGUAUAAUAAAUAGAAUUCCAGCUUGUCUAAGCCUGAUUCUUUUUGCCACUUCAUAUAACAUUAUAUGAUACACACAAUGUAGAACUAGCAGAAAAGUUACUGCAGCCAGGAAAGAAAAUUAUCAUUGACCAGAGACACCGACUUCAGCUUUGCUGCAAAUGUAAUCACAAUCAACAAUCAUAUAUUGUAACAAACUUACCCAGUAACAUUGUAUCUUAUGUUUAAAAAUUAAUGCAUUUAUGAAUCUCAAUUGCCUACAUAAAAAAAAAUCUGCUGUCUAUUCUUUGUGAUGUUCAUUAUUCAUACAUGUACAAUUCAGGAGAAUAUACUAGCAGCUCUUUUGCAUUUAACAAGUAUUCAAAUUUAGCGAGCUUUCUUCAAAAUUGCAAACAUGUGACUAGUGAGAAGUGUCUAGUACAUGUACUUCACAGUCAGCUUGUAAAAUGCAGAAGCUGGUACGUAUAGAAUGCAAUAUGGUGUAUUCCGACUCGAGGGAGGGCCGGGACCAAGGACGAUGCGGAAUACACCCUGUUGUAUUUUAUUUAUGUCAUACCCACCCAAGAAAACGCGCCUUUCAAUGCAAAAUGGGCCAAAAUUUUGGUGCCCCUAAAACAAUGAAAUGCAACAACUUCGAUUCCAACAUCCAAAUCCUGUAUUCGAAUUCUCGAAAGAAGCACACGCGGUUAGGGUGAAACGCGUUCGAAUCAUUCUAUAAUUGGAAUCCAUGAAAGCCCGGGCCGCAACGUAAAGUACAACCUGGUCCAGAACACCAUUAUCUAACGUUAUCACAGCCCAGGUAUUAUAUAAAAAAUGUGAUACAGGAGUUUCUGAUUAUACUAA